AUGAAAUAUAUUUUUUUAUUUUUUUCUGAGCUGGAUUGGAUUAGUGAUGAAGGUGCAUCAGGCUUAGGUUCUUCUUUAGCAAAUUGCAUUAAUCUCUCAAAUUUGACACUUGACCUUCAGUCUAAUUAAAUUGGUGAUGAAGGUGCAUCAGGCUUAGGUUCUGCUAUAGCAAAUUGCAUUAAUAUCUCAAAUUUGACAUUUGACCUUAAUGAAAAUUAAAUUGGUCAUGAAGGUGCAUCAGGUUUAGGUUCUGCUUUAGCAAAUUGCAUUAAUCUCUCAAAUUUGACACUUAAUCUGAGGUCUAAUUAAAUUGGUGAUGAAGGUGCAUCAGGCUUAGGUUCUGCUAUAGCAAAUUGCAUUAAUAUCUCAAAUUUGACACUUGACCUUAAUAACAAUUAAAUUAGUGAUGAAGGUGCAUCAGGCUUAGGUUCUUCUUUAGCAAAUUGCAUUAAUCUCUCAAAUUUGACACUUGACCUUAGGUAAAAACAAUUUAUUUGUUUUGGUUU